GGAAGCUGGCAAACAGCUCCGACCCUGUUAUAUGGGAAUACGAGGGGCUGUGGGGGCAAGGUCGGACUGUUCCGCUCGGAAGAGGAGAAGAAAGACGUGGACCAGAAGACGAGAGACUGGCAUAGAGAGAACCACAGGAAAAGAGUCAGUGAUCGACCGAAAUUGGCGUGGGUGUGGAUUGGGAAGCAUCGCAGUCAUCAUGAGGGCCUGAGACAUGCCGGGUGAGAAGGAAAAUUCACGAGCUCGACUUCGGAAUGAAACGUCCGUCGCGGCGAAGUCCGGCGGCUUUCUCGCAUGUGCUGGUGCUGGUAUUCUGCGGAUGCGCUGUUUUUGCCGAAGUCAGUUAUCGACUUUCCGGACAACCCUGGCACGUGGCUCUGGGCAACCAGACUGUUGGAGUUGAGUUCGACGAUCUGAACAGGACGAGCGCACGCAACUUCACCCUGUCACUCGUAGACGUCGAGAGAAACCGAACUGUCGCCACCAAGCGGAUCCCCGGAAACCAAUCCCAGGGCUUUGUGGAGUUCGAGUGUUUUCAUUUCACUUACGCGGGCAGCUUCCAGUUUAGGCUGAUCGAUUCCACAGGCAACGACACAGCCCAGUGGACAAGUGACAUACUGCAGGUCCGCUGGCCCGUCUUUGGAAUUGAACUGGAGAGCGAAACUAACUCAUCUAGCCACUUCCAGGUCCAUGUCUUUACUGCUGAAUAUUUAUGUCCUUGGAGAGUAACCACCUUAUUUCUGGACACUGUUAUGAUUGAUUUUAAUGGAUCUGGAACUUACAAUACCAACAACACUUUAACACCAGCGACCAGUAAAACCAUAGAGCUUGCCAAUUCUCAGAGGUUGGAUUUCGAUUGUACUGCUUUCAACCAAAGCGCAUCCCUAAAGAUUUCCCUGAGAUCUCCGCACACAAAUUCCGUGAUCGCUUCCACAGAACCGCUGCUAUUUGCUCAGAGUAUUGGUUAUAAAGUGUUCGUCGAUCAUCCGAGGACGGCCGUGUGCGACUCGGCCGCGGAGGUUCGGAUAGUGGCACCCCCUUGCGUCCGCUUACGGGGCAAAGUUACCGUGUAUAAAAAACAGGAGGGAGCUUCGUCUGGGAGAGAGGCUCUUGUAGCUGAGAAGUGGCUGCGUCCCGGGGAAAACACAACCGAAUUUAACUGCACGCUGUUCGAUUUUGGGAAGCAGAACUACUGCUUCGAGCAUGUUAGCAUUCUGAAUCACAGCCACACUUUCACCAGCCCGGCGAAAUGUCUCACACUUGAGAGACAGGCAGAAAGAGGGAGUGUUUGGAUGUCUUGGAGUCCGUGUAGUGUCACAUGCGGUGACGGAGUGCGCGAAAGGUACCGACAAUGCGUCUCCUCCUCCUCAGGGACAAUGGGGUGCAGUGGAGAGGAGCGAGAAGUUUCCCCCUGUUCACUUGUGGAUUGCGCGGAAUGGGGAUCUGAAGUUCCCGGGAAAGCACAUAAAACUGGCAAUAUAGUGACAAUCACUGGCAUUUCAUUCUGCUUAAUAAUAAUCAUAGCCACCAUAGCAAUCACUAUUCGGACAAAGCUACCAUGUAAAGAACGGCAUUUGAAUAGCACAGUGAGGCAUGAUCCAGUACCUUCACAUAACUUCAGAAAUGCACUUGAAGAAGAAAGGAAUUUCUGUGAACUAAGCCACCAACAUGACAUUUUAACUGAUAACAUGCCCUCGGCCCACAUGGAAGAUGGCGUGAACAUUCCGCUGUCUUACAGAAGGAGCCAGCAUUUUGUUCCCCAUCAGGAGACGUUACCAGAGGAAAAUCUUGGACUGCAGGGUGCCCAUAAAGUGAUUCCCCCUAUAUUUGGAUACCGCUUAGCACACCAACAGUUGAAAGAAAUGAAGAAGAAAGGGAUAACAGAAGCAACCCAAGUUUACCAUGUUACACAGCACCCUUUAGAUGAUACGAUCAUGAGUGAAGGAGGAGCUCUGGCUACAGAGAUAGACCAAGCUAAAACCAGCUCUGUUAUAGUGCCCUCUUUGGACAAGGAAAACAGUGCAGAAAGUAACCUGAACAGGUUCCGUAUCAAAUCUCCAUUUUUGGAUCAAAAUCCAAUGUACUGUAAACAACAAAUAGACACAAUGUGUCAUAGAAGAGACCCAAUGGUUGCACCUUUUCCAGAAUCACCUAAUGACUUUAGUCUGCCCGUAUCUGUUUGCGAAGGAAAUAAUAAAACGCUCCCGAACAGACCAGGAAAGUUCAGGCAUUAUGACAGAAUAACUGAGAGAGAAAUGCUUGAGAGAGGAUACAUCAGAAAUCCUGAUUUUAGAAGAACAUCCAGCUUUAGUGAAUGUAGAACCAGCAAGUAUUACAGAGAAAGAAGUAUGUCGUCCUGCACACAGAAGCUUCCGUCCUUACAGCACUCAAGAGGCAUUGACAAGGCAGCAGCUGGGAGUGAUAGAUGCAGUAACAACAGACCUGGAGUUCACUAUAGGACUAAUGGCAGCACUGCACGUAACCCUGGCUGGAAUUGCAGUGCAUUCAUCUCAGAGUCUUCAAAACAACACGUGAGAAGCAGCGAAGCUGGAGCCUGGACAAAUAAAGCCAAUCCAGCAAGUGAUCACCCAAUUGCAACUUGCGUUUUUAGUGAGAUAGAAACUUACACAGGCAGAAGGAAGGCAAGAACCCCAACCAACGAAAGUAAAUUAUCCACUAAUCCCAGUUCUGAGAAGCAUUCUCAGUGGAAGUAUCCAAGGAGCAAUCCGCUGCCUCGCCAUCACUAUAGACAAGAUCGCUGCCAAAGUUUCCCUUCUGAUCCAAACUUCCUCCAUUAUGACAAUUCUGCUUUUGAGUUAACUGCUUCAGAGCAGCAGAUAAUAGACCUGCCUGCCCACUUUGGUUCACAUGUUAUAGGGGAUGAGGAGGACACUAGUACUUUAAGCAGUGAAAGGCUGGUAAUCUGAGGACCCUGUCAUCUAUAUCAAUGAUCUGGAUGAUAAUGUUGUAAACUGGAUCGGCAAAUCUGUGGAUAGCACCAAGACUGAGGGUGUAGUGGACACCAAGGAAGACGAUCAAAGCUUGCAGUGGAAUAUGGACCAUCUGGACAAAUGGGUUGAAAGGUUAAUGCAAACAAGUAUGAGAUGUUGCACUUUGGGAGGACCAGCCAGGCCAGGUCUUAUGUGGUGAGUGGUAGGGCACUGAUGAGUGUGGUAGAACCGAGAGAACUAGGAAUACAGAUCCAUAAUUCCUUGAAAAUGGCAUCACAGCUGGAUAGGGUUGUAAAGAAAGAUUUUAGCACAUUGGCCUUCAUAAAUCAAUAUAUUGAGUACAAGAACAACAGGAAUUCUGCAGAUGC